UCGCCUCCUCGCUGCCGGAGUCGGUCCCCCUCCGCUGCGUCUGUAUUUCAGCCGGCGGCUGCCAAGACCAGCUUCCAUUCAUUCAAUCGCUACUUCUCCGGUGCGAGUGAGCCGCCCGUCGCCCUCCCAGGAAUACACCGCGACUACAAGAACAAAACCACACUACAGCAACCUUAAACAGCGGCCCGCCGCCACCGAAACAAGAGCUCAACGAGAAGCAGCCAACCUAUUUGCCCCGGCUUCGCUUCAAGCAUUUAUGAGGAACAUCACCGGCCGGCGACGUUAAAUCCAAAGAGAGAAAGAAAACACACAGAUAACCAUGACAGACGAGGACGUUGUGAUCACUGGCUUCUCAGCCUACUUCCCCCAAGCAGACCACCUUGCAGAGUUCAAGGAGAAGCUCUACGCCGGCGUCGAUUUAGUCACAGAGGAUGAGACGAGGUGGCCUCGAGGUCUCCUGGGCCUCCCCGAACGAUCGGGCAAGAUCCGCGACCUGUCGCAGUUCGACGCGCAGUUCUUCGGUGUGCACCCCAAGCAGGCGCACGUGAUGGACCCGCAGCUGCGGCUCUUCCUGGAGACCUCGUACGAGGCGAUCGUGGACGCCGGUUACGACCCGGCGACGCUGCGCGGACGCAAGGUGGGCGUCUUCAUCGGCUCCUCCGAGUCCGAGACGGACGAAGCGUUCAACGUGGACACGGACAAGAUCGACGGGUACGCGCUGGUCGGAUGCUGCCGGGCCAUGUUCUCCAAUCGCAUCUCCUACUCGCUCGACCUACACGGCCCGAGCUUCACUGUUGACACGGCGUGCUCGUCGACGAUGACGGCCCUGAACCAGGCCAUGCUGGCGCUUCGUUCCGGACAAUGCGAGGCGGCCAUCGUGGGUGGCAGCACACUCACGCUCAAGCCCACCACGUCCCUCAACUUCUUUCGCCUGGGCAUGCUCUCCCCAGAUGGCAAGUGCAAAGCAUUCGACUCGGAUGGAAAGGGAUACGUCCGAAGUGAAACCGUUGGCGUCUUCUUCCUUCAACGGGUUUCUGAGGCCCGCCGUAUCUACGCCAAGCUGAUCCACGUCAAGUCCAAUGCGGACGGCUACAAGACAGAAGGAAUCACAUUCCCAUCAGGCAAGGUUCAGGAACAGCUUUUGCGCGAGGUGUACACUGAAGCCAAAGUUGAUCCACACAAAGUGGGCUACGUCGAGGCCCACGGCACGGGCACCAAGGUUGGUGACCCACAAGAGUUGGGUGCCAUCAGCAACGUUUUUUGCGGGCCCGGCCGCGAGAAGCCGCUCAAGAUUGGCUCUGUCAAGAGCAACAUGGGACACUCCGAGGGCGCAUCUGGCGUCUGCUCAAUGGCCAAGGUCAUCCUAGCCAUGGAGACGGGCACCAUCGCGGGCAACCUGCACUUCAAGGAGGCCAACCCCAACAUCCCGUCCCUUCACGACGGCACCAUCGAGGUGGUGAACAAGGCGUCCCCGUUCCCUGGCGGCCUGGUCGGCAUCAAUUCGUUCGGCUUCGGCGGCGCCAACGUGCAUACCAUUCUGGAGGCGAACCCGGCACCACAUGUGGACAGCCUGCCACGCGAGAAGCCAGAGCUGCCCAGGCUGGUCCUCAUGGCAGGGAGGAACAAGGACUCGCUGGCGAGCACUCUGGACCGGGUCGAAGCUGAGGGUCCAUACCCGGACUCGGCAUACGCUCUCCUGAACAAGGUCGGCCAGCCCAGCGUGAACCAGUUCCCCUACCGAGGCUUCGCCGUGCUCCCUGUCGAUGGCUCGGGCAAGGACGCCAUCAAGGUGUCCGAACAGGCUCCGUUCGAGAAGCGGCCCCUGUGGUUUGUCUUCACCGGCAUGGGCUGUCAGUGGAAUGGCAUGGCCCGCCAGAUGAUGCAGUUCGACGUGUUCGCCAACUCCAUUCGCAAGUCUCACGAGCUGCUCAAGCAGUUUGGCAUUGACCUCAUCGACCUGGUGACCAGCGACAAUGCUGACAACCAGACCAUGGUGUCGCCGUUCGUCUCCAUCGCAGCCAUUCAGGUGGCGCUUGUUGAUAUGCUUCGUGCCGUCGGUGUGCAUCCGGAUGGCAUUGUGGGUCACUCGGUGGGAGAAAUCGGGUGUGCCUACGCUGACGGAGGCUUCACCGCAGAGCAGACUGUGCUGUGUGCUUACUGGCGAGGCCGCUGCGUCGAGCUGGGAAGCCUGCCCAAGGGGGCCAUGGCUGCUGUCGGCCUGACGUGGGAGGAAGCAAAGAAGCGCUGCCGCGACGGAGUCAUCCCCGCGUGCCACAAUGCCGAGGAUUCGGUGACAGUGUCCGGACCGGCCGAGGCCGUGGCCAAGAUGGUCGCCGAGCUCAAGGCUGAGAAUGUUUUCGCCCGCGAGGUGAACAGCCUGGAGGUGGCCUUCCACAGCCCGCACAUGCAGAGCAUUGGACCUGCACUCCGGCAGGCUCUCGAAAAGGUGGUGCCCCAGUCUAAGCCCCGCACUGAGCGCUGGGUGAGCUCUUCGGUGCCCGAGAGCCGCUGGGACGAGCCCAUGGCCAAGCGCUGCUCGGCCGAGUACCACGUGAACAACCUGCUCUCGCCCGUGCUCUUCCGCGAGGCCCUCCAGCACGUGCCCAGCGACGCCAUCUUGGUUGAGAUUGCGCCGCACUGUCUUCUGCAGGCCAUUCUGCGGCGUGCUGUGGGCAACGCCACCUGCCUGGGCCUGAUGAAGCGAAACGAGGACAACACCAGAUUCUUCCUGAACUCUCUGGGCAAGCUGCACACCUUGGGAGUCCAGCUGGACCUGACCCCGCUCUACCCACCCGUGCCGUUCCCAGUACCGCGCGGCACCCCUAGCAUCGGCCAUCUGGUCAGCUGGGACCACUCGCAGCAGUGGACCGUGGUCGGGUGGAACGACUUCUCCACUUCGGCUCAGGUUUCCGAGGAAGUUGUCGAGGUCGACCUGGAGGCCAACGAAGGUGACGCUUUCCUGGCUGGCCACCAGUUGGACGGCCGCGUGCUGUUCCCUGCAACUGGCUACAUGGUGCUGGCCUGGAAGUCGCUGACCAAGCGGUCCGGCAAGCCAUUCCACCAGGUGCCCGUGGUGUUCGAGGACGUCACCCUGCACCGGGCCACCAUCCUUCCCAAGAGCGGCUCCGUGAAGUUCCUGGUGAACAUCAUGCGUGCCUCUGGCGAGUUUGAGGUGUGCGAGGCUGGCAUGGUGGCCGCAAGUGGCCACAUCCGCAUGGCCGAAGAAGGCGAGAAGCUUUUGGACAAGGAGCCACCCGGCACACCUACUGAGACUGUCACCUACGAGCUAGAGACUGAGGACAUUUACAAGGAGCUCAGGCUUCGGGGCUACGAGUACUACGGAGGUUUCCAGGGCAUCAUCAAGGCCGACCUCAACAAGCCGUACGGCAAGCUAAAGUGGGAAGACAACUGGGUCACCUUCAUCGACACCAUGCUGCAGUUCAGCAUCCUGGGCAACCCACAGCGAACCUUCAACCUGCCUGUCAGGAUUCAAUCAUGUCGCGUUGACCCCGCAGUCCACGCCAAGGUCGUCGAGAAGGCCGGAGAUGCAGGCAUCGACAUUGUCUACGACCGCUACCUCAACACGUGCCGCGCUGGUGGUGUCGCCAUGCGAGGCCUCAAGGCCAGCAUCGCCCCGCGGCGGGCCGUGCAGCAGACGCCGUUCCUCGAAGAGUACCAGUUUGUGCCAUACGCAGACGACGAUUCUGCUCGCAACGAGCGCGAGUCCUGUGUCCGGGAGUACGUCGAGGUGUGCUGCGGCAUUGCACGGCGUGUCCUCGAGUCAUGUGGCAAGAACAAGGCACAAAUCUCGGAUGUUAUGAACGGCUUCCGUGAGGCUCCCGAACAAGUGCUCAACCGCUACCUCGAGAACCCGGGCGAGAACCACGGCCUCCUCAAAGUCCUGGCUGCCAUCCAAAAACAGGCCAACGGCUCCGCCGCGUCUUUGGUCGCCACCGUCCAGACGGCCCUAACAGCCCACAAGGAAGACCUGGAACGGGACUUUCUCAACACUGUGCUCUUCGAAGAGGACCCACUGCGGUACCUCUUGGACGUCGUGGUUGAGAACACGAGCACCAAGAAGAUCCGCGUUCUGGAGUUGGCAGGCGAAGGUGGCGUGGUGCUGGCGCCGUGGGUGACAGAUCUGCUGCGCCUGUCAAACAUCUUGCUCAAGACGGACUACACCGUGGCCCACCCAGCUCCGGACACGAUCGCGGCCGAACAGCUUCCGGAAGGAACGAGAACGGUAACGUGGGACCCUGCCUCGGCUUCCAAGAACGGCCUUCCCGAGGCUGACUUGAUUGUCAUGCGCGGUGUUGCCGGCACAUCCGGCAAGAGCCUGGAGUCUCUGGCCGAGGAACUCUCCUCACAGUGCAAGGAGCACGGCUUCGUCCUGCUCGCCCAUCGCACAGCCCUCACUCCGGCUGAGAUGUUCCUGUCGACUGUCGGCAAGGUCCCACUCCGGGUCCACGCCAGCGCGACCGUAGAGGCGGCGUUCCGUGCCCGCGGAUUUCAUGUGGUCGGCCUCAAGUCCAACAACGUCUCUACACUGCUCCUGCUCAGGAAGACAUCGACAGCGGCCAUCGACCCAUCCAAGCAGGAGGUGAUCCGGGUUAAGAACGCCGGAUACGACUGGGUCGAGCCCCUCAAGACCAAGGCAGCCGAAUACGAGAGCAGGCCCGUUGGCGAAAAUGUCUGGCUGCUCGCCGAGGACGUGGCCAUCAGCGGAGUCGUGGGACUGACCAACUGCCUCCGGCAGGAAACCGGUAGCCACAUCAGGUGCAUAUUCAACGCAAGCGUCAAGGGAUCGAACAAGGUCGCCGACUUCAGCCCAAGCAACCCGGCGUACAAGGACAUACUGGAGAAGGACCUGGUCAUGAACGUAUACCGUGAUGGGCAGUGGGGAUCAUACAGGCACGUGGUCACACAGUCUGAUGGAGCCCCGAAGACCACCACGCCGUACGCCUUCCUGAACGUGCAGACCCGAGGUGAUCUGUCGAGCCUGAAGUGGUACGAGUCUCCGCUGCGAUACGCGUCGCCGUCUAGCAGUGCGGACGGAGUCCUGUGCAGUGUGUACUACGCUCCGCUCAACUUCCGAGAUAUCAUGCUGGCCACUGGAAAGCUUCCGCCGGAUGCCCUGCCUGGCAACCUGGCCACAUCCGACUGCGUCCUCGGCCUGGAGUUCUCGGGCCGCGACCCGAAGGGGCGCCGAGUCAUGGGAUCCGUGGCUGCCCAAGGCAUGGCCACGGCAGUGGCCGCCGACCCGGGCUUCCUGUGGGAGGUGCCCGAGUCGUGGAGCCUCGAAGAGGCCUCGACAGUUCCAGUUGCCUACUCGACUGCCUAUUACGCCCUCCUGGUGCGAGGCAACAUGCGGCCAGGAGAGUCUCUGCUUGUCCACUCUGGCAGUGGAGGUGUCGGGCAGGCUGCCAUCUCCAUCGCCCUGUCCAUGGGUUGCACAGUCUUCACCACUGUCGGUUCCAAGGAGAAGCGAGAGUUCCUCAAGCGGCGCUUCCCUCAGCUGGAGGACCGCAACUUCGCCAACUCACGCGACCUCUCGUUCGAGGAGCACAUCCUCAUGGAGACGAAGGGCCGGGGCGUCGACCUCGUACUCAACUCGCUGGCCGAGGAGAAGCUCCAGGCCAGCGUCCGCUGCCUGGCUACCCACGGCCGAUUCCUGGAGAUUGGCAAGUUCGACCUGUCCAAGAACUCGCCGCUGGGCAUGUCCAUAUUCCUCAAGAACGUCACCUUCCACGGCAUCCUGCUGGACGCACUGUUCGGCGACGACCCCUUCGUGGCGGCCGACAAGCGCCGCGUUGCCGAGCUUGUCCGCGAGGGCAUUGCCUCGGGCGCGGUGCGGCCCCUGGACGCCAUCAAGUUCACGCGGGACCAGGCUGAGGAGGCAUUCCGGUUCAUGGCCUCCGGAAAGCACAUGGGCAAAGUGGUGCUUGAGGUCAGGCCGGAAGAGACCCCACGCAAGACAGCUCCCGCCACGCCGCUCACCGUGGAGGCCGUGGCCCGCACCUGCUUCUACGAGCACAAGUCGUACGUGAUCGCCGGCGGUCUCGGUGGCUUUGGCUUGGAGCUUGCCGACUGGAUGGUGCACCGCGGAUGCCGCAAGCUGGUGCUCAGUGCACGGUCCGGUGUGCGGACGGGAUACCAGAGGCUGUGCCUUCACCGGUGGCAGCAUGCUGGCUGCAAGGUGGUCGUGAGCAAAGCCGACGCCUCGACCGAGAAGGGCGCCCGACAGAUCAUCGAGGACGCCAAGGCACUGGGACCAGUCGGUGGCAUCUUCAACCUGGCAGUGGUCCUUCGCGACGCACUGCUUGAGAACCAAACGCAGGAGGCCUACGAGACUGUGUGCAAGCCCAAGGUGGACGGCACGCAACGUCUGGACGAACUGUCUCGAAAGAUGUGUCCGGAGAUCGACCAUUUUGUUGUGUUCUCCUCCGUGUCCUGCGGCAGAGGCAAUGCUGGGCAGACCAACUACGGCUACGCCAACUCCGUCAUGGAACGCAUUUGCGAGCGACGGGUUGCUGACGGACUACCCGGCCUGGCUAUCCAAUGGGGCGCCAUCGGUGAUGUCGGCGUCCUCCACGACACCAUGGGUGCCGAUGUGGUCGUCGGCGGCACCCUACCCCAGCGGAUCAGUUCCUGCAUGGCCGUCAUGGACCGGUUCCUCAGCCAGAGCCACCCGGUCGUCUCGAGCUUGGUAAAGGCCGACCUCUCCACCAAGUCAGAUAGCAAGAACAAGCAGGACCUUGUCCAGUCCAUCGCACACAUUCUUGGUGUGAAGGACCCAUCCAGCCUGAACCCAAACAUGAGCCUCGGCGAGCUGGGCAUGGACUCGCUCAUGGGCGUCGAGGUGAAGCAGACCAUUGAGCGCGACUACGACGUUGCUCUUUCCAUGCAAGAGAUCAGGCAGCUCACCAUCAACAGGCUGCGUGAAAUUGGCGGUGGUGCCAGCAGUGCACCGGCCAAGUCCGACAGUGCCGCCGCCAUGCCUCAAGAGAGCGAAGAAUCGGCGGACGUGUCCGAAGUACCCCGGUUGACGCUUGUCAAGGAGCUAGUUCCCCACAGCGUCCUGGUUGAGAUGAACGGGCUGAAGGGAGCCUCGCCUGUGUUCAUCAUGCACCCGAUCGAGGGCCACGUCAACGGCCUGUCUGAGCUGGCCAGUCAUCUCCCCGUUCGAGCUGUUGGAGUGCAGAGGACGCCCGACAUUCCCGUGCGGUCCAUUGAAGAGAUGGCCGCCAUCUACCUACAGAAACUCGCCGAGGUUCAACCCAAGGGACCAUACCACAUAGUUGGGUACUCGUUCGGUGCAACGGUUGCCUUUGAGAUUGCCGUUCAGCUGCAAGCAUCGGGAGCCUCCGUAGGCAGCCUGACCCUCCUGGACGGUGCCCCCCAUUACAUGGCUGUUCACACCGCCCACCACAGGUCGCGAUUCACUGACAGCAAGGACGAAGAGGAGUCCUCGCUCUUCUGCGCCUUCCUCAUGCAGUACUUGGACAUCGACUUCCUCGAGGUACGGAGUCAGAUGAACCAGUACCCGAACUGGGACGCCAAGCAGGAGGCAGCGACCGACAUUCUUCUCAAGGCGUAUCCGAAUGUGCACCCGAGUCGCCAGGAUGUGGCUACGGCUACGCGCGUCUUCUACGAGUUCCUCAAGGCUGGUUCCAACUACCAGCCGCACGCAAAGUUCCACGGUGAUGUUGUGCUUGUCAAGGCAUCCAGGCCACGAAAGAUGGCAAGGCAACUGCCAGCUGACUACGGUCUCUCUGAGUGCUGCGAGGGCAAUGUCAAGGUCCAGGUGGUCGACGGCCUUCACGAAAACUUCAUCCUCGGCGAAGGCGCAAAACUGUGUGCAGCAAUCAUCAGUCAACAAGUUAAACACUGAAGCGCAAAAGGAAAAAAAAAAUUCCCCUCCAUGUUUUAAAGAAAUCCAGGUGACCCUUUCCCAUCUCCCUAUACAACACACCCUUCCCCACCAAGACUGGCUGGACCAGGCUUUUUAGGGAACAAGUGUUUGACGACAAACCGACCGAGCCAUUCCAGCAUGGACUGUACAGAAGAGAAUCCGUUCGCGUGGUACCUGCGGGAUUAUUUAGGUGCAGGCGUGGGGCGGACAUCCCUGCUGCUGCUGCUGCUAUGUGUGAACGACCAGCAGCUACUUGUAGGCCUGUGGUAUGCAAGAGCUGGCUGGCACAAAGAGGACUUCAUAAGCAGGAGAUAUGUGUCGAUACCAAGUCACAAGGAAGUACCGUGAGUACUUCGUGCACGUCAUCGUGCAAAGUUGGUGCUACCACAGGAGUAUCGCAGCAGUCCAAGAACUUGACUGAGCUGCCGACGCACUGGAUGGCUCUGAAGCGGUGAUAUACGACUCUCGAAGUCGUCGGAAGAAGAAGAAGAAGAAGAAAAAAAAAACGGGGAUAGAGAGAUAUAUAUAUAAGUAUGAAAUGAGAGUGAGAGAGUGUAUGUGCUAUGGUAGCUGCCCGAAACUGCAUUUGCCAUUGGAAAGUGGACACGUGUUGAGACAGGUGCAAGGCUAUGAAGAGCACUUUCUCUGUCCUCUUGGGAUUGCAUCUUUGCUUUCCGUUUCGUUGAUGUCAUUUUUUUUUUUCUCAUGUAAUCACAUGUACAGAGAGAGCAGUCUAGCAAGACUGCUGUGUAUUUAUGUAAUUGCCAUACCCGUGAUGGACACUCCAUGUUCCUUAUUGUGCUUGUUUUGUUUCUAUUUUGAUCCUGAUAAUAAAGACUUGUAUCAUGUGUCA